AUGGAGCAACUUCUUAGAUCACUACAAGCUUAUGAAGAAAAGAAGAAGAAGAAAGAAGAUAUUGUGGAGCAAGUUCUCAAGAUGAGAAUUGAUCACAAGGAAGAAAGUGGCCGAAGCAAUCUAAGACGUGGUGGCGGUCAUUUCCAAGGACGAGGUCGUGGUGUAAAUGGACGAGGUUGGAGACUAUAUGAAGACAACUUCAACCAAAGAGGAGAGAAUUCAUCAAAAGGUCGUGGAAGAGGAAACCUAAAAUCAAGGUACGAUAAAUCAAGCAUCAAAUGCUAUAGUUGUGGAAAGUUUGGACAUUAUGCUUCUGUAUGCAAAACUCCAAACAACAAUAGAGUUGAAGAGAAGUCCAACUAUGUUGAAGAAAUAAGUAAAGAAAAAGAUAUGCUAUUGAUGACUUACAAGAAGGAUGAACCAAAUGAGGUUCACAAGUGGUACCUUGAUAGUGGUGCAAGCAACCACAUGUGUGGGAAUAAAAGCAUGUUCGUGGAGCUCGAUGAAUCGGUGAAAACCAAUGUGGCUUUGGGAGAUGAAUCGAAGAUGGAGGUGAAAGGUAAAGAAAAUAUUCUCAUUUGCUUGAAGAAUGGAGAUCAUCAAUUCAUUUCCAACGUUUACUACAUUCCAAGCAUGAAGACCAACAUCUUGAGCCUAGGACAACUCUUAGAGAAAUGUUAUGACAUUCGACUAAAAGAUAAUAGUCUUUCUUUAAGAGAUAAUGCAAAUAAUCUCAUCACAAAGGUGACAAUGUCAAGCAAUAGAAUGUUUGUCCUAAACAUUCAAAAUGACAUUGCACGAUGUCUCAAGAUGUGCUACAAGGAGGAAUCUUGGCUUUGGCAUCUUCAAUUCGGGCAUCUCAACUUUGGAGGCUUAGAGCUACUUUCCAAGAAAGAAAUGAGUGUUUUAGAAAAGACACCACAAGAAGCUUGGAGCGGAAGGAAGCCUGGAGUCUCACACUUAAGAGUCUUUGGAAGCAUUGCUCAAGCUCAUGUUCCAGACGAGAAGCGGAGCAAACUAGAUGAUAAAAAUGAGAAGUACAUCUUCAUUGGGUAUGACGCUAACUCCAAAGGCUACAAGCUCUACAAUCCUGAAACAAAGAAGACAAUCAUUAGUCGAAAUAAGAGAAUGUGGAACAACCGAGAGAAGAGUCAGCUACACCACCAACUUCACCAACAACAAGUUCUCAAGGAGAUGAAAGCUCAAGUGAAAGGACUCCACGUUUUAGAAGUCUACAAGACAUCUACGAGGUAA